AAAACACCAGCCAGAAGCGAAAAAGCGUAGCCGAAAGAUCAUUCGAUCCCGAUACCCACCCAUCUGUACUUUCCCUCCCCAACUCGUCUCGCGAACCUCAAUUGCAGCAGCUCUUUCUCCCCAAAUGUCCGCCUCUCUCCUCCGUGUUGCCGCUCGCGGCUCCCCGAGCACCUUCUUCCGCUCAAACGUCGUCGCCCGCCAGCAGUCGCUGGCAGCCCGAGCUGGUCUCGUCAUCCCGAGCCUCCUCGCCCUCCCGUCCUCCUACAACAGCUUCAGCACCGGCACCUGCCUGCGCUCAGAACACCAGGAGGAGACAUUUGAGGAGUUCACGGCCAGAUACGAGAAGGAAUUCGAGGGCGUCCAGGAUGUUUUCGAGCUCCAGCGCAACCUCAACAACGCCUUCGCCUACGAUCUCGUACCUUCCGCCUCGGUCGUCGUCGCCGCCCUGAAAGCUGCACGACGUGUCAACGACUUCCCCACCGCUGUCCGGAUCUUCGAGGGUAUCCAGGCAAAGGUUGAGAAUAAGGGCCAGUACCAGCAGUAUCUCGACGAGCUGAAGCCCCUUCGGGAAGAGAUGGGCAUCACGCUGAAGGAGGAUCUGUACCCCGAGGAGACCAACUAGAGGGCCUGGCCUGGGUACGCUGAGCUCGUCCAAGUUCGAUCCGACAAUCCCGCUCCGGGAUCCUGGAGAAUGGUUGGAUAUCCCAGCCCCAUCCGAGGGCAAUCUGUAUAUGUUUAGUAGACCUGAAAAGAAGAGAGGAGGCCCUGAGGCCAAAGUUGAACGCUCAAUGGAAGGAGGUGGGUCGCAACCGAUGCGUGUUCACUUAUGGCCACAGUCGUCUUGUAAGAGGGGAGCAGAGCAUAAUCCAAUUUCCUUAAGACGUUGAACUCAC